CACCAACGCGCUUUCAUGUGAACGAACAACAAACUCGCAAAAUUCGCUACAGACCUCUCUGAACCCGCACAAGAAGAAAUAUUGAAAGCACUUCAAGUCGAGCAGACAAAACAAGCACAACAAGAUCUCGCAAAACUCACCUUUCCGAGCUGCUGGCACCACACAAAGAACGACCCCAGCAAAAAUCACAACGAAAGAAACCCCCAAAAUGCUCCUCUUCUGCCCCUCCUGCAGCAACAUGCUCGUAAUCUCGCAAAUCCCCUCCUCCCACACCGCCCCCGAAGACAGCAUGAACAUCGGCAAAAACCGCUUCGAAUGCCGCACCUGUCCCUACCAAAUGGUCCUCGAUCGUCGCUAUUUCGAGCGAAAGACGAUGAAACUCAAGGACGUGGGCGACAUUCUCGGGGGCGCGGAUAGUUGGAAGAAUGUCGAUCAGACAGAAGCGAAAUGUCCUGCAGAAGGCUGCGAGAGCCGUAAUGCGUAUUUCAGACAGGUGCAGAUUCGAAGUGCGGAUGAGCCUAUGACGAGGUUUUACAGAUGUGUAGAAUGCACGAAGGAGUGGCGGGAGAACUGAAUUUUACCUGUUGGGUUGCUUCUUUUGGCGUUGAGCACGAGAUUUGGGAAAAGGGCGCAGGUGGUUCAUCAAGAUCUGCGCAUUACGAGAUACCCACGGCAUCG